UGCUGUCAGACCAACAGUCACUCGCAGAACUUUUCCCCCAGCUGACUGUGAUUUCAACAUCACUGAGCCGAGAAGAAAAGGGUAUGUCCGACUUGUCUACAGCCAACUGAUGGUGAUGUUUCAUCCACCCGCCCCCGCCCUCGGACGUCAGAAAGAGGAACCUGUGGUGACUCUUCUCAGUCGCAGUCUUUCAGCGCUGAGUGUCGGUGCGUUCAGAGCUGAGAAGAGAUCUCAGUCCAUCCUCAGCUCCUCCGUCAUGCCUCCAUCAGUCGUCGUCCUCCUCCUCCUCCUUGGUCUGCUAAGCUCCGCCGGCUCGCUGCCUCCUCCACGAAACUCCUUCCUCCUCAACUCUGCAGAUCGACCUCUGGUCCUCUUCAGCCUCCCCGACGUCCACAACACAACCACACUGUUGCUAAGCGACGAUGGAUCCACCCUGUAUGUAGGGGCCCGGGACGCCAUCCUCUCGUUGGAUGUCAGUCAGAGUGACGUCAUCCACCUGAAGAAGAAGGUGGAGUGGAGUCCAUCUGAGAGCGAAAUAGAGGAGUGUCAACUUAAAGGGAAGGACGCAGAGGUCGACUGUCCGAACUUCGUGCGUGUUUUGCAGCCGAUAAACUCCACCCAUCUCUACGCCUGCGGCAGCUACGCCUACAACCCCCAUGAUGCCUACAUCGAUGCAGAAAGCUUCUCCAUGGUAAAACAGGACAGAGCUAAAGGCCGCUGUCCAUUCAACCCCUUCCAGAGGAACACCGCCAUCACCGUCGACAGCGAGCUGUUCACCACCACGACAACCGACUUCAGAGGAGCGAAACCACAGAUUUCUCGACACUUCAGCAAAGAUGGCGGCCCAGACGUCAGCCUGGACACGUCUAUCAGCUUACUGCAUGAGCCAGUGUUUGUCAGCUCGUCGUUGGACUCAUCAGACAGGAAACUCUACUUCUUCUUUAGUGAAGUUGGGAAAGAGUUCAGCUUUGUGAAUGACUUGAGAAUCGCCCGGGUGGCCCAAGUCUGCAAGGAUGAUGUUGGUGGACAGAGGACUCUGCAGAAGAAGUGGACGUCCUUUGCCAAAGCCCCUCUGCUCUGUCAGUCUCCCAAACGGCUCCCGUUCAAUGUUCUCCAGGACGUGUUCACCCUCCAGCCACCAGAGGGCACUGACGCCUCAGAGACUCUGUUCUACGCCGCCUUCACCUCUCAGUGGUCCUCAGGUCCAGAAUCUGCCGUGUGCGUCUUUAAACUGCAGGACGUCAGGGAGGCGUUCACUGAGAGCUACAGGACCUUCGACAUGCGGACCCACCAGUGGAGUCAACAGCUGGGAAAACACUCCUACCUGGGACAGUGUGGACUGGACAACGCUUCAGAUAGUGAAUUAGCAGAGGUGAAGAGGAGUUUCCUGACUAACAACGGUGUAAAACCGGUCGGAGUCGGUCCACUUGUUGUUUCUUCGGGGCAGCAAUACAGUCGCGUGGCUGCCAUGAGGACUCAGGCAGCCGACGGAAAACAGUAUACGGUCCUUUUCCUUCUGACAGAGUCCGGAUUCCUCCACAAAGUGGUUUUGCUUAAUCGGGGUGCACACAUCAUCGAGGAGAUUCAGGUCUUCACACAACCUCAGCUGGUCAAAAACAUCAUCCUCUCCCCGUCCAAGGGAGUUCUGUACGUGGGGACAUCGGAGGGGGUGACCGCUGUACCUGUGGCCAGGUGCUCGAUCUACAGAUCCUGCAGCCAGUGUAUUCUGGCCAGAGAUCCUCUGUGUGGAUGGAGCCGGACCAGCAGGGUCUGCACCGGUCUGGACAGCAGUCAUGAGAACAUUGUUCAACACCUGGAGGACGACAAUGUGGAAAACGAAUGUCAGAUACAAACCAGGGCCAGCUGGAACACAGAAGUCGGUGUUCAUUUGAACGAAGCAGUGAGGCUUCAGUGUCAGAAGCCUUCCAACCUGGCCACUCUGACCUGGACAUCCCCCCGAUUCAGAAACCUGCCAGAGAAACUCUUCAUCCUGUCAGCUGAUGGCAGUUUGAGCUUCCUCGCCACCGCCGACACCUUCGGGAUUUAUCGCUGUGAAGCGGUGGAAGGCGGGUACAAAGAAGAAGUUGCAAGCUAUGCUGUCCGACAGAUUGCUUCUCCUCGCUCCAUGAACCCGAUUCCAAAGGCCGACGAAAACCUCGUGACCAACGGCAAAGACGAGCCCUACGAGGACAUUUUAACUGAUGCACCAGUCAUUACUACAAUACAGUCUUCAGGUGACCUCGAAGACUACAAGACAAACUACAAUGGCGAUAAAAUCAUGACCAAUUUCAAUGUAGAAACCAUCUUAAAGAAAGAAGAUUCUGGAUUGAAAAACCCAUUUCUAAACAAUGGUUUGGACUUCACCUCGACCUCCAGAAAAGACGCCCAGUCUGGGAACGAGCUGCCCGAGGAUACUCGGAUGCCAAAAGAGAAGAGCUACUACACUGAGCUGGUUAUCGUUUCCCUCCUGCUGGCGACCUGCAUCUGCUUGCUGAUAUUCGGAGGGAUCCACAUGUGGCGGCACAGGAGAACUGGCCUCAAAAAGAAUCCACUGGUCAGUCCAGAGGGUGGCAGCAAAACAAACCAAUCUAUGGAGAGCGUUCCUUCCCUGAGCAGCCCAGAAGAUCUUGACGUGAAGGUGGGGUAGUAACAGUGAUUUACUGAAAGCCGUCUUGCAGUAUUUUAAAUUUGUCUCAUGAUCAUUCCUACCUUGAAACACAUUUUUGUGAAAUCCUCUUGCUAAAUGUCUUAACCUAGUCUUAUCUGAUCCAAGUCAAGAAAAACAUUUUACAAAAUGUUGAGUCCCUUUUUAAUGGAGGAACUUUUUUGUGUGUGAUCAGUGGUUUUUAUUGAUUUUCUUUUCAGACAGGGCAAAAACAAGAUAGAUCACAUCAGAUAUAUCGUUUGUAAGAGCUGAGAGACAGGACAUGGGUCUAAAUGAUUCUUGAUGGUCUGAGCUGUCAUGUUAUCAUAUAGGAUGUCUCAGGGUCCUUUAACUUUAGUUUAUCUUCAUCUCUUUAGUUCCUU